AUGUCCUUCCCCGGAAUUUCUACAAAGGAAAACAGAGAUGAUUUUGACUUUAGUCCUUCUCUUACCGAUUUCGUAUCUUCCCACGAUAUUUCAGACACCUCUGAUUUGCCCUCUGUAGUUUCCUCACUUCUUACUCUUUUGGAGAAAAACGAUAUCUCUGUGGCAGAAAUGAUUGAAAACGAUUACUUCUCGGACCUUGUUUCUCUCCUGAACACAGAUGAUAUGGAUCUAAUUCCUAAGCUCCUUGAUUUAUUUGUUGCUAUUUACAAGGCUAGUUCUGCAGAUCAACGAUCUACGUUUGUUGACCUUGGAAUUCCGAGUGCCUUGGUGAAUUGUCUAAAUAAUGCCUCGGAUAGUGUCAUUCCUCAAAUUUUGCGUUGUAUAGCAACUAUUGUGCUAAUAGACCGAGAAGAACAAAUCAAUUUUUCGAAUAACGAGAUUUGGCCGACCCUGGAGUUCAUCUUACAGAAUUACCAAGACAGCAUCGAAAUCGUCUCCAGUGUGUCCACUCUCUUAGCGGCUCUCGUCACCCCCCUGGCUGGUCAGCAUGCGGACAUCUCCCAAGUCUCCACCAUCAGCAACACUCUCUCCGAGGUGAGCAGCUACUACACCGAUCUCUACGCGCUCUCCGACGAUCGCAGCGAGCUGCAGCCCAUCCUGUCGAACCUUCUCCUCGUGCUGUACGCGAUCUCGGUGGAAGAUUCCACGAUUCCCUACUACUAUUCCACCUAUCUCACCGUCUUUUUCUCUUUUUCUCUGUUUAGCUCCAGCCCGUCUUCGAUUCCUUCUACCCCUUCCUCAUCUCCUCCAUCUCCCUCCUCCACUCCCUCACCGCGCUCAAAACCGUCGCCAAUCUCGUUCUUCUCUCCGACGCCAUCUGCGACGUCUUCGUUUCCAACGGUCUCCUCGAUGCCCUGCAUGAUUUCCUCAUCUCGCUUCCCUCCCUGCAACCUGCCUUCGAGGGAGCCACCGAUUAUUCCUACUGGGUGGUCGUGUUCAUUCUGGGCAAUCUCGCCGCCAGCGGGGAGGCCGCCGUAG